GGUAGAUUUUUUCGGUUGGCUACUACGCAUUUAGUUGGUGAAAGGUGUGGCUAGACGCCAUAUUGUAAAACGUUCGCCGCUUUCGAGAGCACACUCAGUUUGGGGCCGGUGUCGCUGCAUCCUCGUUUAUCGACAAGGGGUGGAAAUUAGUUUUAACCGGGGCGGCCGAAGAUUAGAAUUAGCACAAAAUGUCUGUCCCUGAUAAAGACGAGCUAGUCCAACGGGCAAAGCUUGCUGAGCAAGCCGAAAGGUACGAUGAUAUGGCGUCGGCCAUGAAGUCCGUAACCGAAACCGGGGUCGAGCUCAGCAAUGAGGAAAGGAACCUCCUGUCCGUCGCCUACAAAAACGUCGUCGGCGCCAGAAGGUCCUCGUGGAGGGUCAUCUCUUCAAUUGAACAAAAGACUGAGGGUUCGGAAAGGAAACAACAAAUGGCCAAAGAAUACCGGGAAAAGGUCGAGAAGGAGCUGAGGGAGAUUUGUGAUGAUGUUCUUGGUCUCUUGGACAAAUACUUGAUUCCCAAAGCAAGUAACGCUGAAUCAAAAGUAUUCUACCUUAAAAUGAAGGGCGAUUACUACAGGUACCUCGCCGAGGUGGCCACAGGCGACACAAGGAACACGGUUGUGGACUAUUCACAGAAAGCGUACCAGGAUGCUUUCGAAAUCUCAAAGGCCAAAAUGACACCCACACAUCCAAUCAGAUUGGGCCUGGCGCUUAAUUUCUCAGUUUUCUAUUACGAGAUUUUAAAUUCGCCGGACAAAGCUUGUCAGUUAGCGAAACAGGCAUUUGAUGAUGCAAUAGCCGAGCUGGACACACUGAAUGAAGAUUCAUACAAGGACAGUACCCUCAUCAUGCAGCUGCUCAGAGAUAACCUUACGUUAUGGACAAGUGACACACAGGGUGAAGCAGAUGAGCAGCAAGAAGCUGGUGAUAACUGAAGUGUGCGUCCGUUUUUAAAAUUAUUCGUUAAAAAUGAAAUUUCAUGUAAGUUAACGUAUCCGUGGAACUUGUUUGUGAAGUUUCAUUGACAGUUUUAAGUUUCAUAUGAUUGAAACUUUUGAUAUUUAACAAUGUUUUUAGGAGAUAUGUAAAAGUCGUUAAAUUCACGUGAUCACACAACCAGCUAAAAUUCCGCAACAACUUAAAACUAUUUGAGUAAGCCAUAUAUUUUUGUUCAGCUGUAAGUUGUGUGAUUAAAUGUCAAUUCUUUCAUCUGUUUGUUUUUAUAUUUUUUAAAAAUGGUUUUUUAUUUUAUAUAAACAUACAUCUAUCUCCUCCCUGAUGAAGAUUUAUUUGAAAUUUCAGCAUUUUUUUAAGUUCUAACUUGUUAACUAUUAAAAUUAUUAUUUAAUAACAUGUUUUAGUUUGUAUUAUUUCUUUUUUUUAUAUUCUCGUCCAUUGUUCAAAAUCUCCAAAUCAUACCUAUACCUCUUUAUACAUACAUUAAAAGAUGCCUAUACCUUACCUACCUUACCUACCUUACCUUACCAACAUACCUUUAGUCCACGAAAAUUAUUUUGCACUCCGCUGCAUGCCCCAUAAAGGGCUGAGGUCAGCCUUUUACUCCCUUAUUUACCGUCAACACUCACUUUGGAUGUGCUAUAUAUAAAUGUAUGAAUAUGUAUUAAAAUAAACUGCUAUCAAGCUCUAUUUGUUUUCUGUUGUAUCUGUCAAUAUAUUUGUCAGAUAUCAAUAAAUUUUUCAAAAUCUU